AUGAACACCAAAGAUUUUGUAGUUCUUCCAUGGGGAAAACCUGGAAAUUCUGUAAAGCUGAAAUACAAAAAUGCUCAGGAACUGAGGAUGGAGAAGGUCCAGUUAGAAUUGGAGAACCAACAGAUGGAAAAGACGCUACAGGAAUUCCAGUCAGCUCGGAGCAAAGGAAAGGAAGAAAGAGAGUCAAGUGGUUAUCGCUGGAAAUCUGGACAAGUGGGAAAAUUGGGUAAUCAAUCACUCUUGAUGUCACAAAAUAAAGGAAAUAUUAUUAAGCUUUCUGCUGGAAAAGUGAAAUUAAAAUUACUGAAGGAGCAACUUCAAGAGCCAGUGAAACCACCACUUAAUUAUAAGAUGGCCAAUCCUUCUGAAAGUGAAAAAUCCAAGAUAAAAGGGAAGGUUUGUGGACAGUGUGAGAACCAAGCUGCUGUGCUGAUAUGCCUUGAAUGUGGAGAAGAUUAUUGUUUGGGUUGCUUUGCUAAAAUUCACCAGAAGGGGGCACUGAAGCUCCAUAGAACAACUCUUUUGCAGGCAAAAUCUCAAAUAUUAUCCAAUGUAUUGGAUGUUGCCCAUCGGUUUAUCAAGGAAGUUAAUCCAGAUGAACCCAGAGGGGAUAAUCAUUCUACAAAAGAGAUUAGUAAAAGUCAGAAUAAACCCAAAUCUCUUCUUAUACAGGGGAGCAACUCUGGGGUAGAAGUUCCAACCACAAAAAGAGCAGAGUGUUCAAAUUCAAAAGAUAGGCUCUUCUGUGAAGGGUCAUUUGAUGAAGAAGCUUCUGCCCAGUCCUUUCAGGAAGCUUUAAAUCAGUGGAGAACUGGACAUCAAGAUGACAACGAGAAACAGAACUUACAUGCAGCAAAAGCAGACUCGUUGGAAGAAUGUGAAGUACAAACUAAUCUGAAAAUUUGGAGGGAACCACUCAAUAUUGAAUUUAAAGAAGACAGUCUAUCCUAUUUGGAAAAAUUAUGGCUUAAAAAACACAGAAGAACUCCACAGGAGCAACUUCGAAACAUGCUACCGGAUACAUUCAUACCUCAAUGUAAAACUGCUAGUGAGGCACAGUGUUCCCAGAAUGAAAGUGAUGAAGAUAGUGAUGUUGAGGAGACCAAAGUACAACACCCAGAGCUUUUUCUGCCAGUAGAAGAAUUAAACAUAGAGAGACCUGAGCCAUCUCUAAAAAUAGUUGAACUGGAUGAUACUUAUGAAGAGGAAUUUGAAGAACCAGGAGACAUAGUUCCCUACAAAGUUGAGUUAGCAGAUGCAGACAGUCAACGAAGGUACACAUUUCAUGAUUAUCAGAAUACUUUUCUAUAUGAAACUGACAUCCAUCAACAUCAUGUUUUCACCAAGGGAAAAACAGACCUCUUACAUCUUCAUCUGAACACCAGCUCUUCUUACUGUAAAAAUAACUCAAAAGCAGGAACUUCAAAUGCAGAAUUUGACAUCACUGUGGAUCCUGAAGUUUAUUCUCCUGCCAUUGAGAAAUUAGGGGAAAGCAGCUUUUCUGAAAGAAAUUUCAAGGAGAAAAAGAUAGAUAUGGAAAGUAAUCAAAAGUCUGGUGAUUCCUGCGUAUCACUUGAGAGCAAGGAUUCUUUGCCAAGUAUAGAUUUAAAAAAACCUUCCAUUAAGGAGCAAUUGUCUCAGGACAUCAAAGAAUCCUCGGAAUUUAACAAUCUGCAUGAGAGGCCAAACUUUGAAGAUUCUAAAACUACAGAGUCACCACUGUUGUUACAAGAAAUAGCCCUCAGAAGUAAGCCUAUAACUGAACAAUAUCAAGGACUUGAAAGAUUCUUUGUUUUUGAUAAAAAUGAAAGACUCAACCUCCUUUCCUCUCAAAACUUAGAAUGCAGCUAUUCCAGUACUAGGAUUACAAUUGCAGGAGACAGAGAGUGGAUCCCAGACCAUAGCAUAAGUGCAUAUCCUGAUAAUGCAGUUGCCUUGGGUGUUCUGCAGAGUGCCCAGAACCCGUCAACGAGCAGAACACAACAAAAGAUGGGCCAGAUAUCACAGAGACCUUCAACAGCAAAUUUACCCCUUUCCAACUCUGUUAAAAAAAGCUCCAGCUGCCUUGUCUCCUCCCAUCCUCGAUCAAGAAGUGUGGCUGCUCGACCAUUAUCUAGAGCUGCUUCUGAAAUUUCAGAAAUUGAAUAUAUUGAUAUUACUGACCACUCUGAGCCUUUCCUAGAUGGCACUGCUGAUCAGCAAACCUUAGAAAGUUUGGAAAAAGAAUUAAAUGUGCUGAGAAAUCUUGCAGAUCCUUCAGAAAAGCUUUACAGCCUAACCUCAGAAGAGUUACCAGCCUUCAACAACCAUUCGCUGAACAUAAGUCAGACUACCCUAGAUUUCCGUAAGACCUCCAGUGCAAGAGGCCUCUGUGCAGUUGAGGAAUGGUGCUCUUCUGAAAGAGAUACUGAAACUCAGUCUUUGCUGACACUUUCUGAAAGCAGCACAGAUGAGGAGGAAGAGGAUUUUCUUGAGAAGCAACAUGUCAUCAUGCUACCGUGGUCAUAGAGGACCUCCAUAUUUCUCAGAGCUCAUCAUUGCCUCUCAGCCUCAUCAGAUGUGGUUGACUACUCCAUCGUCCUUGAAAUUGUUGUUCACAUGUUUGGGGAUACCACACCCUCAUGA